AUGUCUAUGGACAUCCCAGCCACGGCUGACUAUCUGAUUGUUGGCGGAGGGACCGCCGGCUUGGUAGUUGCCUGCCGUCUUUCAGAAGACCCAAACACUCAUGUUGUCGUUGUGGAGAGCGGGCCUGAUACCUCCACUGAUGAUAGAGUCCAAGAUCCUAGUUCUUGGCCAUCUUUGAGUGGAUCGGAGCUUGACUGGAAGUUUAAAAUAGGCCCUCAGUCAGGCCUCAAUGGUCGAGAGCAGAAUCAUCCAGCAGGCAAAGUCUUGGGUGGUUCAUCUGCCAUCAAUGGACUAGCGUUUGUUCCUCCAUCUCCGGCGGGCAUUGAUGCAUGGGGAAAGUUGGGCAACCCGAACUGGAACUGGGAGACCUUGAGACCAUAUCUGCAGAGGUCUUAUACUUUGACUCAGCCGGAACCUCUUUUAUCCCCGACCCAAACUAGCAAAAAUAAUGCCCAGGGACCUAUUCAAGUGAUUUAUCCUGCUGCUGGGGAUAAGCAGGCUAUUCCACUUACUCGAGCGUGGACCGAGGCGUUUGAGAGCGAAGGCUAUAAGCCUACUGAUGACUUCCUCGCUGAGGAACGGACAACCAGCACCCGAGAUUUUACGGCCACAGUUGAUCCAGUCUCUGGUUUUCGAAGUAGCGCUGACAGUACCUACGGGGUUAUAGCAUCCAAGCGGCCCAACGUGAAUAUAAUCACGGAAACGACAGUCCGGCGGAUUAUCUUUGCCUCUGGUGCAGGAAAGGUCAGGGCCACGGGCGUUGAGGUUUUGCAUGGUGUACAGGGGAUCACCAUCCAGGCAAAGAAGGAAGUUGUCCUAGCGGCCGGUGCUCUCCAGACACCAAAAGUACUCGAGCUCUCAGGCAUUGGCAACAAAGAUCGACUGGCUCAUCUCGAGAUUCCAUUGGUCAUUGAUCAACCGGGAGUGGGCGAGAACCUGCAGAACCAUGUUAUGAGUCUGAUACCUGUUUCUCUCAAGCCGCACCCAGGCAUAGCAGGAGUCUCGCCUGGCUUCAAGGGUCUGGCGUUUGUGCACAUCGAUCAGGACGAACAGAAGAACCUGUUUGCUGAGCUUGGUGACCAAAGCAGUCCCACAAGCCAGAUCAUCGAAUCCAUCUUGAGUAGCCCCGAUGAGGCUUCGGCUAUGCUCUUCCUAGUUGUGAAGUCAGGAACCACUGCGCUCUUGGGUGCCAUUCCAAGCUUUCCCCUCUCGCGAGGGAAUAUCCAUAUCGCAUCAUCGGAUUUGAAUGAUAUGCCAGUCAUUGACGCACGGUUCUUCCAUAAUGAGUUGGAUCUGGAGAUCCUCGCGCGGCAUGUACAGCACUUGCUCCGGCUGACUUCCGCACCAGCCCUAGAGUCGUUCUUUGAGGCUAGCACAGAGGUCCCAGACCUCGCGGAAAUCAAGGACAUGCUCCGUGAGGAAACAGCGCUGAGUGCUCACCAUGUGUGUGGUACUGCUGCAAUGCUUCCUCGCGAGGUUGGAGGGGUAGUCGAUCAGGAGUUGAAGGUGUAUGGGACUGAGAAUCUGCGUAUUGUCGACGCGAGUGUCUUCCCACUCAUCCCCCAUGCCAACCCCAUUGCAACGGUGUAUGCGGUGGCGGAACGGGCCGCUGAUAUCAUUCGCGGGAAGUAA